AUAUGUCGUUUUUAUAAUACAUUAUCGUUUUCAUUUUUACGUCGAGGGAUUUGUACUUAAAAUGGCAUUUUCCCUCUUCGUUGAAAAAAAAAAAGAUUUUGAUAUAAAGUCUAGAGCUUUUUUGAUUCAAAACUCAAAGUAAAUAUAAAUGUUUAAAACGUCAAUUCGUUCUGAACGCAUGCGUCCUAGGUAUGUUAAACCCAAAACCUGUUUGGAUGUUUACUCGCACUUCCUAUGCACUGUCCUUUAAAAUUUCAGGGAAAGAAAUGAACAAACGACGCCCGGAAGGUUUGGUAAUACUGAAUUUUGGUCAUUCGUAAUCGAUAAAUUGCGUUCACCUGGUUAUUUCAGAGCGUGUUACUCAUAAACCUGCCGGUAUUACCUGUCAGCUAUCAUCGAGUGUCUCGCUGAUGUUUGCUCUGUAUGGAGUAAGGAAAAGACAACAUUUAUGUUAAUACAACACGAGCUUGUUUCUUGUCGCUUAUAAUUAGUCGCAGUUGCGAAUACGCCAUCGAAAAUGGUGACGUUGCACGAGACACAGAAUGAAAUGACAUUGACUUUAACGGGCAAUAAUUCUCGUCAGGACAACGAUGACUUGGAUAUGGGUCUUGCAACACCUGUAAGAGGAUUUCUGAUUAUUAUAAACAUCAUACUCGCCAUCCUUGGAAAUUUUUUUAUCAUUUUGACUUAUUGCCGCAACUUUAAAAUGCGAACUACCACCAAUACUCUAGUGGUAAGCUUGUGCAUCUCCGAUCUGCUCUCUGCCAUAGCAGACGCUCCGUUUUGGAUCGCUAUCCUCGCCAGAGAUUUGGUUUAUUCAAAUUUUGUUGUUUGUCGGGUUCUGAUCUCAUUUCAAGACUUGUUUGUGGUCGCUGCUCUACUGAACAUGUGCGGCAUCGCACUGGAUCGGUUUAUAACACUUGUCAAGGGACUGAGAAGAAAAAUGACUCGAAAGCGGGCGCGUAUGAUAGUGAUGUGGUCGUGGUUACAAGCCAUUCUUUCCGCCCUGCCUUGGUGUCUGGUGAGUAGCACAUGCAAGGGAAGAUGUUAUUCCUUCUUUCCUCAUAUCUACGAACCAGAAAUAACACCUCGAAUAAUCAACAUUAUGUUCAAAUCAAGCAAUUUAGUUCUGCCAAUUUCAAUCAUUUACUACGUAUUCAUCCGCAUUGUAAACUCCGUCAGAAGCAGCCGGAAAGUAAACUUGGAUAACAGUUACAUUUCGCGAAAUAGCAGCGCCGAGAGGUUCGCCGUGGAUGCAUACAAACGCUCGUCAAAAACUGCUAUUAUCUUAUUUACUAUGUUUUUACUUUGUACAUUAUCCUAUUUGACUGUCGUAAUUUACUCUGUUUUCACGGGAAACCAGUUGAUCAAUUUUAGCGCCGGUUUCGCCAUUUAUUUUAUAUUUUCACUUAAGCGAUCGCUUUUCCCUGCAAUAUACAUAUUUAGGAACAGGAUGAUCGUAAGCUAUUUACAAGAAACACUCCGGUGUGGAAUUUGUCUUGAAAUUUCAAGUUCAAACCCACGAAAUUCGUUUACCUACACGCAGAACAACCACAGCUCUUGUUUCGCUGCGUUUUGUAGAAGUUCCUGUCGUACUCGGGUUCAUCCUGCUGUUUAUGACGGAGAACAUCGCCAGUUUCCAAAACACCUGGAUAUGUACUUUAUGGGAAGCAUCAGGGACACAAAAUCUAUCAUUGAGGAUCAAUUUGUCAACAUAGUAGUAAUAGAAAGAAGAGAAAAUGAGUUUGAAGUACGCAACGAAGCAACCAAUAACGAUGUUAUGGUACCUUAAACUGCUCUUAUCUGUGGAAAUCCUAAAACUGUGAUAUCAACUCUUGAACUGCAAAACAUACUUUGUUUAGCCGUCCCUGCUCUUUCUUGUAUUUAAAACGAAACUGUGUUACUAUCAUACACAGCAAGUAACAAGCGUCUUAUUUUGAUUCAAAUUCUACAUGACUUUAAUUUACUUUCCAUUAUAUUUAGAAUAAUUCAUAUAGAGGGUAGGGUCACUUCACAAAUUCACACUUUGCUCGCCCUACUAGAAUAUCUGGUAUAAAUGUGAUAAAAUAUUGUGCUUCAAAUUAACUGACUGAGUUUCCCGUGACAGUGUUUUGAAAGAAUGAGGCCUAUCAGAGUUAUUGAAUUCAUUUUUCUCCACGUGCUAAAGGGACUGUUCCGGUCUGCCGCAUGAAUGAUGAUUACAAACUAAAAAUAAGUUAAGAGAUCAAUCUCAUAUUCAAGGUUUGUAGUUCUAAGGGCUAAAAUCUUAACUGGAUUAUUCACACACUUCCAUGUGAUCAUCUAACUUUACAGGGGUUACAGCUCAUUGGACUAACUGAAAUUUCCACAUUUGUAGAAUAUAAGAUUUUAUAUAACCAAAACGAAAAAAAAUGAAUAACAAUCGAAAUUCGUGAAAUUGGCGCAAAUGGAGAUAACCUUUUUUGUCGAGCUUAACAGCUGGAAAAAGACUUUUAAUAGAAAGAUUUUGUAUGAACGAUCAGCACUUUUGAGCGCCAUGACUCUGUUAAUGCCUCAUGAAUAGUAGUGAAGGAUGAGUCAUCAGUACAAGAUUGAGGCAACCAUAAAAGUUACGUUCGCCUAAUGACUGAUAAGUCCUGACUGAUAGAAGUUUCGAAAAAUACAUUCGAUCUUGGUACUCAAUAUGAAUGACAGUGGAGAUUUCAAUACCGUAAGUCCUACACUUCAUGAUUUGUAGAUCUUUUGGGUUAACAUUUCUUAAUUUUUAUUGUUACACUCACUACUUUUCACAAAUCAUCAGCUUAAUAUAUGCACAAUAGGAUGGAGCAUACACAAUAAGUUUGUUUGUUAGCGCAGGUGCAACCAUAUCUUUUCCUGUUUCUUUCUUUUUCUCACCCUCUCAACAACUGUGUUUGUCUUUCAACUUCCCCUUUUUCCUGCAUUGACCGAAAAGCUACACAUCAAAUUAUAUCGAAAAAAUAUAAAGCUGGGACUGGAUAUGAUAAAAUAAACAGAGAACCUCUACCCGUUCAUGUGCAAAUGAUCUGUGACAGUUCUUGGAAUAAUUUCCUUAUUUUUAGCACAAAAACAGAUAUCACUUCAAGAACUAAUCUUUUAAAUGAGCAGACUUGUUUCGACCUCCUGCUUUUUAUUGUUCCGACCUUUUCUUGUCAACAACCACUCGGCGCUAGAUAACCUUUAUAAAAAGCCUUUAAUCUUGACUAAGUUUAAACCCAAUUUAUUUUUAGAAAACAGUUAUGUAUUAUAAUAAGAAGAGAUGUACCAAUGAGAUACUGGUGCCUAUGAUCACAAAGAUCCAUUAAGGAAAGUAAUGGAGUCAUAAUUAUUAAAGACAUCAAUAUCAAUCA